GAUACGUUUGAAAUCGAAACCGGAAAUAUCAGUUUUGGAAAUAUCCGGAAAUGAGUGGAAAAUGUUGGGACGAAGAAGAUAAAUAUCGUCGGUAAAUAGUUAUUAGCUCUUUGACCGGGACAGCUGUUUAUAUAAAAGCAUUGUAACAAUGGAGAACAGGCAGGUCUACAUAGAAAUUUUGAGGGAGUUGAUCAGGUCUCAGAUGCUGCAUCUGGUAGAACAGCUAUCUGGUACUGGGGAGGAGUGUUUCUUAGUCAGUGCUGCAAGAGAUGAUGAAACCCCACACCUCAUCGGGUCAAUAAAAGGGCUGGGCUACAUGAAGGGGUUUACUGGCGUACAGGAAGGCUUUUUACACUAUCUGCAGAAAAGUGCUAGUAAACCAGAAUCACACCAGGUGUCAAGGUCAGAUAAUAAUGAACCAGAAUCACAUCAGGCAUCAAGGUCAGAUGCUAGUAUGCCAGAAUUACACCGGGUGUCAAGUUCAGAUGCUAGUAUGCCAGAAUUACACCGGGUGUCAAGUUCAGAUGCUAGUAAACCAGAAUCACACCAGGUGUCAAGGUCAGAUGCUAGUAAGCCUGAAUCACACCAGGUGUCAAGGUCAGAUGCUAGUAAGCCUGAAUCACACCAGGUGUCAAGGUCAGAUGCUAGUAAGCCUGAAUCACACCAGGUGUCAAGGUCAGAUGCUAGUAAGCCAGAAUCACACCAGGUGUCAAGGUCAGAUGCUAGCAAACCAGAAUCACACCAGAUGUCUAGGUCAGAUGCUAGUAUACUUAAAUUACAUCAAUCAUCAGUUUCAGAUGCUAGUGUUCUGGAGCCAGAUGAAGUAUCAGUUUCAGAUGCCAGUGUAAUGGAAACCCAUCAAGCUUCAAAGUUAGAUGUUAAUUCACAGGAUUCACAUGAAGGAUCGAGGUCAGUUGCUAGUAUACCUGAUUCACAUGAAGCAUCACAGUCAGAUGCUAGCAAAGCUGAACCACAUCAAGCAGUAAGGUCAGUUGGAGAACAACAAACUGAUAGCAAACCUGUUAGUGUUAGUACUGUUCUUUCUCAUGCAAAUGAAACUUGUGAAAGUGAGCCAGUAAGAAGUAAUGCAAAUGUUACUCUAACAUCUAAACCAAUGUAUGCUGUCAAAAUUGAAAGUUUGAAGGAAGAUAGACAUGCUGUUAUUAGUAGUGGUAGUGCAUGUGGGAAUAAACUACAAACUUCUGAACAAGAUGUGGUUCAGGAACAACCAGCAGUUGAUGCAGCAUCAGUUAACUUUCUUGCACUUGAAACUCAACGGGAUGAGAUGAACAAGGAAAAUGAGGAUGAAGGCCAGACAGAAAGAAAUGCUUUAGAGGAAAAGUGUAAUCCCAAAGAAUCAUUCAUAAUUGAGUUCUUAACAGAUCAAACUGUCAAGUUGCCUGAAGACAUAGCAUCUGUAGUAACUUCUACAGGGAGAAGUGUUGAAACAAAGAUGAAUGGUGUAGUAAGUUAUCAGUCACAAAUGUCAGCAGAGACCUUGGAGUCUGAUGAUGAGGAAAGUGACAUGGAUUUUGAUGAAAAUGAUUUUGACGAGAUGGAAGAAGAAGAAAUAUUUUCUCAGUUGAUUAAUGACUUCAAAGAUAAAGAAAAAGUCCCUCGAAAAAUGCAUUUUAGUGAGGUACAUCACAAGGACACAGAUUCUGUGAAAAGUAACAAAAAUACAAAUACUGAAAAUGUCAAAUCAAAAUAUCCCGAGGGUUUAGGGGAGGAGACAAAUAGUUCCAAGACAAAUGCUGCAACAUUAGUAAAUGAAACUGUAGAAUCAAGAAUGGAUAUUUCACCUGUUAAUGGAGAAGACACAGUUCAGGUUAAAGUAAUUGUAACAGGUGAAACAAAAGCUAAACAGGUUUAUAAAUUUAAAAAUAACGUGUUUUCUAUGAAAGAAAUAUUGAAACCGGAGGAUCUGGUCUGCAAUUACUGUAAGAAAAAUUGCAGAACAAUAAAAGAGGUUCGAGAACAUGAGGGAUCUCAUACCAAGAGAUACGAUUGUUAUAAAUGUGACAAAUACUUUGAAUCUCAGAAAAAACUUAGGACUCACAAUGCCAUGUGUUUUGAAAUACCUGAGCUUGUGAAAGACUACUUUAAAGAAAAUCCUAGUUGCACUCCAAAAAGACGCUGGACAAUUCACAAAAAAAGGAAAUCUGAGGUAAAAAACAGUCCACCUUUUGACAUUCGUACAUCAGAAAAUGACUUAAGCUCCUCAACCUUCGAAAGGUCAGCUGCUGUUAAAGGAGUUCUAUAUGAUAAAUAUAGUCAGAAGCAAUUAUUUGAGUGUGAGGUUUGUUUUAAGAAAUUUAAAUUUAGAAUAAGUUUGAAAAAACAUGCUUGUAGAGCUUUGUCUGAUAAAGCUGGAAAGGCAGAGAGUUCGGCCAGUGCAGAUAGGCAUAUACUAGAUACGACAGAUAAAGAAGAGAAACUAGUUGGAGACAAGCUAGGUACCUGUAAAGAAAAAAUUGGAAAGGAUACUUGGAGCUACAGAGAGCUUUUAGAAUGGCAAAUAACAGACAAGACAUGCCCCUUUCCAAACUGUGGACGCAAAUUUUCCUGCAAAGGACAGGUGCAGGACCACCUUGUGACACAUACUUCUGAGAGACCUUUCAAAUGUCAUGACUGCUCAAAAUGUUUCAAAUAUAACCGAGACUUGACACAUCAUAAGAAGGAAGUACAUUGGCAUAAAAGAUCGAGAAAAACACAAAGAAGCACCGGUAGUAAAGCAGUUAAAAUUGCUAAUCAAAUUCUUGCGAGGAGAAGUUCCGUUAAAAUGUCGAAAGGCCUCUUUCAAGGUGGUGGCAGCCCUCUGCCUGCAAGUGCUAAUCUAGUCAACAAGACACAAAUGUUUGGACAGGUAAGAGACCCAGCACAAGGCGCACUGAAAACUGUAGCUAAACAAAAUGCUAGUAAACUAAAAUCAAACAUUAAAAAUCCGAGUCAAACAGCAAAUACGAAAGCGAUGGUGAAAAAAUAUUCAGAUGAAAGAAUUAGAAAGUACAAAUGUCCAUACUGUGAAAAGAGAUAUUUUAGUAAUAGUCAUCUCUCAGAACAUGUGGUCAAACACACAGGUGAGAAGAAUUUCAAAUGUUCUUUGUGUGAUCAGAAGAUUCUGAUGAGAUGGCAAUUUGAUGGACAUAAAAAGCAGUGCGAGUUAGCAAAUCCAGGAAAAGUAAGCAACAUGAUACGCCUCAAUGCAAAACAAAAAGGAAAAAGUGCAUGUAAAAAAUUGAAUAUAGAAACGAGACAGGAUAUUAAGUCAUGCGUCAACAGAAGUAGUGAAAAGAUGGGUGCAAAGAAGAAAACUCUCAAAUCUAUGUCAGAUGUUAAUGAUUCUUUGGAAAUAGCUAAACGAAUUAAGCUUAUUGAAAAUUCCAGCAUGUCGCGAUGCAAUAUCUGUGGCUCAGAAUUCAAAUCAUUGGAGGGAUUAAGAUUACACCUGCUUGGCCAGCAUUUAGUGGAGAAGCUGUAUCGUUGUUCUUGUGGUGAACGUUUCUAUACAUCCAAACACAGGUUAAGACAUAUGAAAAAGACAGGUUGUAAAUCGGUUAAAACAGCCAAUAAGUAUUGCUGUGUUGAAAGAAAUGCAGAGGUGAAGUUGAUCAGUAAUGGAGAGAGUCGAAAAGAGAAUAGUUUUAAUGAUACUGGUACAGAACCUGAUCACGAUACUGUACACAGCACUGAACCUGGUAGUGAAUGUGAAAAAGACAAGAAUUUGAAAGAUGCCAAAGAAACUGGCAUUCAAAGUUCGGAAUAUGAAAGCGUGAGCAAGGUUCAAAGGGUUGACCAGGUGCAACAAAAGUUGGCUGAGCAUGCUACUAGAAAAGACUACCAACCUUCAUGUGUAUUACCACAAGCAAUUUCCCCAUGUGGUUAUAUAUGUUCCAUUUGCGAUGCAAGGUUUUCAACAGCUUACGAAAUUGUGCAACAUAAUAACAAGAAGCAUAGUUAACUAUA